AGAGUGCCAGUCGCGCUUCCUUCGCAGACGGGACGAGCGUGCUGAGCGGUUCCCACGGUUCGGUGGAGCGUGUGCGCACCUCACCUUUCAACUUUCCAAGGAAAGCAGGAAAGUUGAAAGCAGGUAAAAGUUGCUCGGUCUUCACAGGAGUCACUUCAGCGAAGGCGCAAACGAGAGAGACGCUGAUACACCUGUCGUCUGCCGGUGACACCUCUCUCUGCUCACAGUUGCCCUCAGCAUGCCAUUUGAUACAUCCUCUUCUCACCUUCUGAAAUUGAGAGGCCAGAGGAGGACUCGGCUCAUGAAUGAUUCACCCAAAAUCUGAAUCAAAGGCUUUGUGGUGCCACGAUGAAGAAGGUUGGGGAAGUUGUUCUGCUCUGGCUGUUGAUAUUAUUUAUCCAGAUUGCAGCAGGAGAGGGAUACAGCCCUCCAGGGAAGCCAACAAAUAUCAGUUGUCGCUCUCCAGAAAAAGAGACCUUCACCUGCUGGUGGCAGCCAGGCUCUGAUGGCGGGCUUCCAACCACCUACGCCUUGUACUACCGCAAAGAAGGCUCUGAGAGGGUGUUCGAGUGUCCUGACUACAAAACGGCCGGCAAGAACUCUUGCUUCUUCAGCAAGAAUGUGACGUCCAUCUGGGUGAACUACAACAUCACCGUUGUGGCUACCAACUCGAUGGGAAACACCUUUUCCAAUCCCGUUGACAUAGAUGUCGUCUACAUCGUCAAGCCCAAUCCUCCGGAAGAAGUGGUAGUGAAUGUCACAGAGGACAAAGACUGGCCUUUUCUUCAAGUGUCAUGGAAACCCCCCAAAAUGGCUGACACCCGCUCGGGUUGGAUCACUCUCAUCUACGAGGUCCGACUCAAGUUGGAGAAUGAGAAUAAAUGGGAGGAGCUCUCUGCAGGCCAGAGGAAGAUUUUUAAGAUUUACAGCCUGAGGUCAGGUGGUACUUAUGAUGUUCAGGUUCGCUGUAAGCCUGAUCAUGGCUUUUGGAGUGAAUGGAGCCCCACAACCCGUGUCAAAGUUCCUGAAUAUUUACCACAGGAAAGGUCAAUGUGGAUCCUUAUUGUGGUCUUUGCUGCCUUCAUCCUCAUCAUCUGUAUUUGGAUGAUAUACAUGAACUUUCAUAGUGUGAAGCACUACCUUCUGCCACCAGUGCCAGGACCUAAGAUCAAGGGAAUUGACAAACAACUUCUUAAGAGUGGCAAAUCUGAGGACAUCUUCAGCUCACUGGUGGUUUCUAAUUUUCCCCCAACCACAUCCAACUAUGAGGAUUUUCUUGUGCAAUACUUAGAGGUGUAUGUCCCAGAGGAGCGUGAACUAAUCAUGGAUGAAGGCAAAGAUCUUCAAGACGAUAGCUUCAAAACUGAAAACUCCACAUGUGACAAUGAUUCUGGCCGGGGCAGCUGUGACAGCCACACACUGCUUAUCGAUAAGGGCGGAGGUGACAAAGAAGAUGGGCAGCAGACAGAUCAGGAGGGUAGUCAGGCUGAGGCUGAAGCAAAAAGUCAUGAGGAAGUAAUGGAGGAGGAACACCUGGCAUGUUCUCAUGAAAAUGCACAGAUCCCAAAUAUUUCCUAUGAGAAGGAGAAGGUGAAGAGCUGGCCUUCUUUGUUUUCUCCACUGCCCCAGUACAGUCUUAGCCCAGUGAAUCGACCAAAUAAACCUAAGAUGGGGAAACAACACUGUCUUUCUGACAGCCUGUUCACCCCAAACUCCUUGUCAUCUUACUUCACUCAGCCUGGUCCCAGCACCACAAAAGGCUUUAGAUCAAAUUACUGGGAGUGUAGCUUGGACCACAAGCAAUCUCAUCUACUCCAUCCCCAGACAGCAGCCCAUGAGCACCUCCAGGCCGAGAAUGACCUCAAUGCGGCAUAUGUUGACUACAUGGGAGCGCCGUUGGAUGUUCAUGCGCUCAGUGUCAGGCCCACCGAGUAUGUCGAAGUCCAGAGGGUCAGUGACGAGGACGUGGUUCUUCUUCACCCUGUUACCCCCAGCCAGGAAAACAGCUAUACCGUAAGCCACCAAACAGAGGACUACAGCAGGGUGAGGAUGGUGAACAAUAAUAACGGGUUACUACUUCUUCAGAGAGAUGAUAUUGAGGAAGAGAAGAAUAUGUGGCCUUAUGAAGAAGAAAUGGUAAGCAGAGCAACGUCGACUGGCUGCAGAGCAUCCGUCACUCCCACAUUACAGAACUCUGCGACUGGCAUUAACACCGCGUUGCCAAUUCUUGACGAAAAGGCAGCCAGUGGUUACGUCGACACCGCCACCAUGUUUGGCCUGCCCACUUACUAGGUGCUUUGGAUAUUAAUCUGGCAGCUGCUACACAUUGUGAGCGGUUCACUUUAAGCCUGAAACAAGGAGAAAAACCAUACUGACAAUGAUUACAUCUUUCCAAAAUUGGUUGCAAAGACAAUUGUCAAAAAAAUAUAUUUUUUUCCUUCUGUCAAGGUGAAACAUUGAUAUUUAAGAGCCACAAUUUUUCAGAUGAUUAAACAGUAUAAUCGUCAUUCAGAUUAAUUAAGAAUAAAAUGUAUCUUAAUUUAUGAGGUACUACAUGUUUCUAUGUUGAUUCUACAUGUUCUGUUUGUAUGAUGAUUAUACUGCAAACUGUUAUUUUACCUCUAAAAUAUAUUGUAAGGCUGCUUAUUGUAUAUUGUACAUAUUACAAAUAUAACAAUAUAUAUAUAUAUAAAGAACCCCUGAACACUUCACUCAGGGCAUUUAAGUUUCUCCUCUCUGUACAGCUCCAGUUACCUCUUCUGAGGGAGGGGUCUUUGCAAAUUAAUGCAAAGUAUAUUUUAUGCUAUUUUCUGUGCUGCUGUUAAAUAUUCUGUUAAAUAUUUGCAUACAAAAAUGAUGUAAAUCACAUGAUGUGCUCUUCACUGUCACCAGCUCUCAACACAGAUAACAGUGUGAAAUAUUUGGCUGAAAUGUAUAAAAGUUUGUAUUGGACCAUCCAAAAAAUGCUAAAAGAGGGAAUGUCUUUUGGAAUAUGUGGCUUCUUUUCUUUAAAUGGACAUUAAGAUAUGAAGAGAGACUUAUUUUAAGAUGUUUUAUUUUGGUUUAUAUAUGUGUUUUGAGUAAGUGUGUGUGGGUUUGUGUGGGUUUGAAUGUUAAACAUGAAGUUAAAAAGAAAACAAGCAAGAAUUUACUGAGGUAUUUGUCACUCAGAGCAGAUUAUGUACAUUUACUGAGUCGAAGAAAUCUAUAAUGAUGUGUACUUUUUGAUGGGAAAUUUGUGUCAUAAAAGUUGGUUCCCUUUGUAUAACAGUACACUGUCCUUGUGGGUAUAGCUACACUUGUGGUGAACAUAUUUGCAAUACAUAAGAAACAGCCAUCAAGUUACUUUUGAAAGCUUGUUUUAAAAAUUGAGUUUAUAAUAAAUUACUUUACGCUGCAACCGUA